AUGACCUUCCAAGAAAUCUUCAGCCGCGCGUAUCCGCCGCUCACCAGCCCCGCCGCCGUGUCUGCUUCCGUAUCCGCGCUCAGCGCGCGCGCGCCCUUCCGGCGGAGAAGCGGGGCAUGUGGCAGGGGCCGGUCGAGUCGUUCCGCUCGCCCGCGGGGAAGCAGCGCGGGGCGCGUCGACCCGUCGGCGGAGAGCAGGAAUCCGAAGCGCGGAGUGCAGCAGGCGGAGGAGUCCGUGGCGUGCUCUGGUUGGAGUCAUGGCGGUGGCAUUGCUGAUAGCAGCGUUGUGAAUCAGAAUCAGAAUGAGAAGAGCCAGCACCAUGACUUGAGUCAGGGGAUCUUCUCUGUAGCACGAAACGAGGGGGCGAACUUGGGGUUUCCUUCGUGCCCUGCUGUUUUGCCCGCCCAGCUGAGUCAGCAGCCCGCUUUGACGGUGCGUGGGGGGCGUGUUCCCUACGGCAGCAAUUUCGCAAGCCGCCCUGUCAUGCCAGUGGGAGGUACAGAAGCAUCCGGCAUGCCAGUGGGAGGUACAGAAGCAUCCGGCAUGCCAGUGCCGUGGGGGUGUGGCACUCCAGUCCCGUGGCUGCAGGACAGAACGAUGGUGCAGCAGGGGGCGAUGGCUCAAGAGGGGGUGAUGGUGCAGGAUGGGGCGAUGGUACAGGAUGGGGCGAUGGUACAGGCGCUGAGGGAGAGCAGGGCGCAGCUGGUGCGCGAGCAGAUGGGCACCAGUGGUAGCGCUGUGACUGCUGGGAACGCUUGGACACUUGGGAAUGCUGGGACUGCUGGGAUUGCUGGGAAUGCUGGGAAUGGUGGGAAUGUUGGAGCAGGGGUGUGGAGUGGUAGGUGCACAGAUGGGGCAGACGCAGUGCAGGGUGGGGGAGCAGGCAUGGAGCAUGUGCCUUCUGCUCGUCCAGCUGCUGCUUUUGAGCCUGCAAGCAGGCUUGCUGACCUGGUGCCUACUGUGUCCCCACCAUGCAUGGGAAGGGACUUCACAGUGUCUGGCGGCCACUGCCUGCUGCCUCCUGCAGUGAGUGUGACGCCGUGUGAGUGA